AUGGAUCUAAACGACCCGAACCGGUUCCGCAACGGCAAAUCCACUCUCUCCUCAAGGGAGCGCUUCCUUGGUGUUCCAACCCACGCGACGAGAUUCCAAAACCCUUCCUCCAACGCCACCGCCACCGACGACGACCUAAUCGAAGGCGACGUCGUUUUCUCCAACAAUAACCAUAGCAACGACGACGAAGACUCCAUCGAACCCUCUUCUUCCUCUUCUCCAAUUCCCAACCACCACCACAAGGCCUUCGCCUUCGGUCACUCCGACUCGUCGUUCGGCAUCCUCGCUGCGCUCCCGGAGAACGACCACCCCUCCCCCAACGGCUCGCACUUCGUCCACCAGAAACCCUCCGUCUCUGUCGCCGUCUCGCUCUCCUCCUCUUCCUCCUCAUCCUCCGCUCGCCACAUUCCGGCGAUCCCGAAGCCACCGCCGGACCGGAUUCCCUCCUCCUCCGUCAAGUUCCACCAGUCCGCACCAGUGAAUGUUCCGAUGUUUCCGACAAGGAGGCGCCACGAGUUCGACGAGGACGUCGGCGACUUGGUGGCGGAGGAGGAAGGACUGCCGCCGCAUGUGAUUGUGGCGCGAAAUUGGUCGCAGAGUCCGGCGCUGGCAUGCUCGGUUCUCGAAGGAGUGGGGAGGACGCUUAAGGGGAGAGACUUGCGUCAGGAUGCGUCUUCGUUUAAACCCUAUAUUUUGCAGGGUCUUGUUCAAGCUUGUGUUGUGUUUGGUAAAUGUCUAGUCAUUGGAACUGGACAAGACAAGAAAGAAACCAGUGGCAAGGAGCUAAUUUUGCUCUGGUUGUGUAAGCCUGCAGGGUACGAAGUGGCAAAAACCCUUAGAAGUGCUUCUCCAACGAGACCCUUACGGUGUGUAGUAGGUAUUAAGCCUAACUGUGCUAGUCAGUUGUUCAAAGCUGCAUGGACGAGGUUCGGUCAAGUCAAAUUGAUAGGUGUUUUGCCUGUUGGUGCUGUAGGUGGGAGUGGGACCAGUUGUUCCUUGCCAAGCAGGUCUUCAAGCACCGGUUGCACACAGUCCAUUAAACCAUUCCACGAUCUUAAGCGCGAUUUUGUCUAUACUGCCACUCUCCUUUUUCAUUCUCAACCUGAAAAAUCCCAUUCCACCGUCGUACUCACCCACGCGCAUUUCCAGCUUGAACCUUCACCUCACUUCAUUCCUUAUCCCCUUUCCACUCACCAACGCGGCCACCACCGCGCGAGUACCCAUACCACGCCUCCGCCGCGCCUAAAGCCUCCGCCAGCUGACCCUAGUCUCCGCGGUCACCUCCAUCUCAGCAUCUCCCCCUGCAUCACCAUUUUCCCAUACCCUCAUAAGAACCCCAAAUCGCCCUCACCACCGCAAACCCCCAAACCACCGCAUCAGCCACCGCGAGUUCUCCGCCACCGGUGGUCAUCAAGUCUCAGCCCCAUUCCCAUCUCGCUUCCACAGUCCUCAAUCGCCUUAGCCGCCAGCCAUCUCGCCGGGGAGAUUCAACUUGGGGGUUGUCGGCCUUUGCGUUUCGAUUCAGGGUUGUCGGCUUUUGAGCUUCGAUUCAGGGUUGUUGUUGAUUUUUUGGUUGCUGCUGAGACUUUUGGGGUGGAUGUGUUGAACUGGGCUUUGUCUCUCUAUAAGAAAGAAUCUAUGAUUUUGUUUGCUUUCUUCCGUACUGGGAAAGAAGGAGGGAAAGGCGUCGUCAGCAACGUGAAGCUACUCUAA